AUGCUUCAUGUCAGCUAUCUGGCUUUUGGAAACCUCGCGAUUAUUUUGCCUAGUGAGGUUAUUCGUGGGCGAAGCAACUCUGUCCCAUCUAAUAUGGGCCAGGGAACACUGGUUACAAUUCAGGCGGUGAAUACCUUUUUUGUCCAGAGCAUGUGCCGGAAAUUGCCGAUGAAGGUUGAUUUUUUCCCCCUGGCGCUCUAUCCUUCCUGUUCUCAACGGUAUGGGCUCAAAGCGAUUUCGAUUGGGGCACUAUUGAACCAACGCGCAAUUUAUCACGGGUCGACUGCUACUCUUGCUAUCAGUGUACGCGUUUCGAGGUAUGCUUUCCCCCUUCUCGCUAUGUCGUUCUUCAUUAACGUUUCUCUCUUGCGACGGAAGGUGCCCAUCGACUCAUCGAAUGAGGACGGCGAAAAGGCUGCUCUCACGUUGAUAAAGUUUUCCGCUAAAUCCGAGACUAUAAAAGAACAGUACUGUUUAAUCCUGGAGGUCCUUGCGGUAGUGGAGUCUCACUAGAAGCUUCGCUGGUUCAUUAUUUGCGUCUGUCAUCGGGAACCAAAAUUAUCGGAUUCGAUCCUUGGAGGGUAGGCAAUUCGAUGCCUCGAGUUAUGUGAUAACC